AUGGCAUAUUCCGAUCCGUUCGUUGGCAACUGUCAGAUCCAGAACAACGGCCAAGACGACGACCACCGGUCUGCAGCAGCCGUUGUCAAAGGCCGUCGUCGAAAAUCCUACGUCCCGUACCAAGACUCUCCAUACUACAACGGGGAAUACGGCAGCUACGGCUCGGGGUCCACCAACGACGCCUGGGAAAGAUAUUACAACGGCAAGGACCCAUAUCAUCGAUACACCAAAGAGACCAUCCGUCAUCGUCGGUAUGGAGGCAGCGACUCCUCGAACUCCGGGAUGGAUCGGGAGGGCAAGCCUGAUCUGAAUCGCCCUCCCCGGGGUGACCUGGGCCGAACCGGACACGAAGACAUACAAGAGGAAGAAGCCGAAAGUGACGCCUACGGCUACAAAUGCGACCGUGACAGGGCGCGAGACCGCUCAGCACCACGUCGUACCGAGAUGGAGAGACGGGGACGCAGUAGACGUCGCAGCAGAAGCGAAAGCAGCAGCCGCAGUGACAGCCGCAGGGGCAAUGGCGCUCAUUCCACCUCGAGGCCCAGAGAUAGAUACCGACCACCGAAUUGUGCACCAAAAGACGACCCAUACAAGCCGUCCGAGAGCUACACCCUCCUCAAAGCUGCCAAGUCCGCGGCACUUGCUGGCGGCCUGGAAGCAGUCCGCUGCCGUCAGGAGCCAGGCUCCUGGACCGGCCAGAAAGCCCAACGAGUAGCCAUUGCCGCCGCCGUCGGAACCGUCGUCGGAUCCCUCCGGAAUGGAAGGCUGGUGAGUGCGGGCAAGAAGCCUUACGCCGAUGCUGCCAUGACGGGAUUCUAUGCGGUGGAUUUCGUGAAGCGGAUCGUGAGACAUACGGAAUUCGAUGUCGAUGCGAAGAAAGAGCAGCGGGAGUGGCGAGAGCAGUCAUACCAGGACGAGGAAGGUUCCAAUGUUUCGUCGCAGAGAGAUACGAAUCAGUAUCGGUAUCUAGAGGACAAGGACGAGGACCGCGGGAGUAGUCGUAGUCGGACGAGGAGUCGCAGACGUUAG